AUGACUUCAUCCACAGGCCUCCAGUGGAUCAAAUGGAUGGAUAAAAAACUCGUUUAUUUUUUAUCCAAUUACCAUGAUCCAUCUGAAACGACUAUCGUCAACCGCAAGCAAAAAGAUGGAUCAUUGCUAGCUGUAAAUUGUCCAGUUGUAGCUUCUGACUAUAACAAACACAUGGGAUAUGUUGAUUAUUCAGACAGACUAGUAGCAACUUAUAAAAUUGACCGCAAGUCAAAAAGAUGGUGGUUGCGUUUAUUUUGGUACUUUGUAGACGUAACGGUAGUAAAUUCAUUUAUUAUUUUCAAAAAUGAAAAUUCUCAGUCUACUUUGACUCUGAAGGAAUUUCGUCUACAACUGGUAGAAAAAUUGGUUGCUCAGGCAAAGCCAGCACCGAGAGGCCGAAAACGAAAACAGCGAACAGUAAACGCACAUAAGCCGAAGGUAUCUCUCACAAAAAGGCAGUCUGAAUCGGCUCAUAUGCCUGAGAACUUGGGUGACUUUAGACGUUGUGCCAAUUGCAGUACUCGAGAGAAACCCAAGAGAACUGCUUGGGUUUGUUCUACUUGCGAUGUACCACUAUGCUUAUCCUCGUCACAAAAUUGUUUUUUGGAAUAUCACAAAUAG